AAAACCAAGUGGAAAAACGACAUAUUUCAGCAUCGAAAUUCCGCAUCUAGCAGACCGGUAUCAAAAUCUGCAUCGAAGUUUGGGGGCAUUGUCACCCUCGUGUGCUGCGUCUGCCUUUGUGCAAGCAUGCAUGUUGCAAUUGGCUCGCAGAUGCCGAAACGCUGGCCGGCUGCGGGAGGUGAUUCCAAUCGUUCCCCGUGUGUGUAGGCGAGAGAGCGCUCGGAAAACGGAGGGCAGAUUUCAGCUCCUUUUGGGCAGAGACGCCUCUCGGGGAUUUGGGCUCGAUGAUGCUACUGCCCCAGCCCAACCGGCUUCCUCCGGGCUCUGAGGCCCGGUAGUGAUGCCCAGGGGGCAGACAGAGGAUCUUUGUCCCCUUCCUGCCAAGCCAGUCAGGCCUGAGCUUAAACUCACCCGGACAGAGAUGCUCCCGCUUGUCGAAGCGCCAGUCGGAUGGCUUCCCCGGCGGGUUUACAGGGCGGGCCAUCAGGGGAACAUCCAUCUAAGCCCAUCGAGGCGAGGAAUCUGCCCCGAAUGGCCCGGGGAAACUGCUGGGCCUGGCAGGGCUCGCCCUCUUUCCUCCCCACUCCCCUCUGGGUGGGGGGAGGGCAACCCAGGGCGCGAUGCCCGGGCAAUUUCCCAGCCCUCAAGGCAAGCAAGACUGUGCCCGCGUCCACAACGGCCUGCCUGUCUGCUGCGAAGAGAUGGAAGCUCCCGGAAGACCAAGUUUUCAGAUGAGAGAGACCUGCAGGCCGAGAGGCCUCGCUGGAGGAGGACACGGAUCACCAAUCUAAACCCUGGGAAGACGUGGAACGUCUCAAGAGAAGGACCAGCAGGACCCCCGUCAGACCCCCGCACCCCGAUCUCUGGGCCCCGGGGACCGGAGGGAGCCAGCUGUCCAGACGGAUCGAUUUCCGAGCUCUUCGCGGCCCAGUGACUCCGGGUUUGUCGGCCGACCCUGCCCCAGCUUCCAGAAACUCUCGCUCGGCCCAAAAUCCAGAUUGUUUUUGUUGCCGGUUCCCUGCUGGCCCCAGGCUUGCGGGGAAAAAGGGCUACUCGGGUGACUCACGGGAUUUGAAAACCAUUGAUCGUUAAAGAUUACUUUUCUUAAUGGCCCUUCAUGACCCCCAGCCAGAGCGGUGCUUGGUGGCCAGCUGGCAACCCACCCUAAGCGUCGGCUACCCCGCGGGCAGAGAGCGGUUUGUGGUCCCGCAGCCGUCUUCGGGGCCCCCAGAUGGGGCCGGUGGAAACGUGGCCACUGUCGGGAGGAGCAGAAGCCCCAAGGUGCCCAAACGUCAGUCAGUGCACCUGUGCUGGACGCCCCAAUCUGAGCGCCUGCAGUUUUUGCAGAUCCCAAGGCCAGCUUCAUCUGAUCUUUUGACUGUCACCUGGAAGAUUAAAGAUCCCAAGGCUACUUUCUUCUGAUCAUUUGAGAGUCACCUGGAAGACUAAAGCUGCUUCUGAACCACAGACUUCCUUCCAGGUGUCUUCAAUCUCCUGGAACUUUGACCUGCCAUAGUGAGUUGGGGGAUACUUUUCUAAGCUUUCACUGAUUUGGAGCUGUUCAAACGGUGACCAGUGUAGCACUGGACUCCUCUCAACUGCCAAGAGUUGCUAUUGUUUUGGGUGCAUUAGGAUAUUUUUCUUGCAUUUGGCAAGUAGGGAAUGGUAAUGUCAAGCUUAUGAUUGGCAUGUGUAGGGUGUAAAGCAUGGCUAAACUAUUGUAGAUUUGUUUACCAAUUCUAUGUGG